GGCACUUUAACAGAUCUUUCGGGGUUUUUUUUCCCAGUAAGGGGGCUGUGGAGGGAGGACUUUUUUUUUAUUUUCAUUGUCUGAUGACUGUUUGCACGGCUGAUUAUUGAGUUGAUUGUUUAUUAUUUUGGCUGUUGUUGCCCGCCGCCCUGCGCGUUUUUUUUCCUCUCUUUUUGGAAUCGGCGACCUAUACCGCGCUCCCCAAUGUCCUAUCCUCAGGGUUACCUCUACCAGCCCCCGGGCUCUCUGGCUCUUUAUUCGUGUCCGGCUUACGGGGCCUCGGCUCUGGCUGCCCCGCGGAGUGAAGACUUGGCGAGGUCGUCCUCUGGCUCAGCGUUCAGUCCUUACCCUGGAUCGGCCGCUUUCUCCGCCUCGGCCGGUGCAGGCUUCUCCAGUCCACUGUCAUACUCCACGGAUCCAACUACGGGAUUCCCAUCCUACAUGAGCUCUCCAUAUGACGCACACACGACUGGCAUGGCGGGGGCAUUAAGUUACCAUCCAUACGGGAGUCCAGGGUACCCCUACCAACUCAACGACCCGGCUUACCGCAAAAACGCCACCAGGGACGCCACGGCCACCCUGAAGGCCUGGCUGCAGGAGCACAGGAAGAACCCAUACCCGACAAAAGGGGAAAAGAUCAUGCUGGCUAUUAUCACCAAGAUGACCCUGACGCAGGUCUCUACAUGGUUCGCCAACGCCAGGCGGAGGCUCAAGAAGGAGAACAAGAUGACCUGGGCGCCCAGGAAUAAGAGCGAAGACGAGGACGAGGAAGACGGGGACGGAGAGAGGAAAGAGGUGGAGCGCUCUGAGAAAACCCUGGAUAACAGCGAGGCUUCUGCGGAGGAUGAAGGAAUCAGUUUGCACGUCGACACUCUGACGGACCACUCCUGCUCCGCAGAGUCUGAUGGAGAGAAGGUCAGCUGUCGUGUGGGCGAGCUGGGCUCUGACCGAGCCGGCGACAAAUGCGAUGAGGACGGCGAGGACCAGGACCACGACCCGCGGGUUCAGCUCUCUCCCAAACCCGUCACAUCGUCGCCUUUAACGGGAGUAGAAGCGCCGGUUCUCAGCCAUCACCAACACCAUCAUCACCACCACCUCCAUCACCUCCACCAUCUCCACAGCCAGCGCGAGGAUUUGGCCCGGAGCCUCGUCAAUAGCAACAAUAUUAACACCAAUAAAUCGUCUUCAUGCCUUGAUAGCAGACCCUCUUCGGGGGUGCCUCAGAACCCCACAGUCAAGCCCAAAUUGUGGUCGCUGGCGGAGAUUGCUACCUCGGACCAAAAGCAGCAACAUCAGCAACAGCAACUGGGGCAGCCUGGGCAACCAAAUUGCCCCUCCUCCAGCGGUGGCCUCCUCACUCCCCCCACGCCUUCCACCACCUCCCCGGCUGUCAGUUCCCCCUCCCUCUACCCGGCCCCCUCCAUCCUUGGAAGACCUAUUUAUUACACUUCUCCCUUUUAUAGCAAUUACACAAACUAUGGCAACUUCAGCCCCCUGCAGGGCCAAGGGAUCCUGCGGUACACUAAUUCAUCUGGAGUGAGUCUGGCUGCCGCCGCUGCCGCCGCCGCCGCUGCUGCUGCUGCAAACGAGGGUCUCAACUCCUCACACCAGGCUCUGGAGGCGAGCACAAACCCCAAACACAGACCAGACUCACCCCUCGUUAAAAAUAACCCAAACCAGAUUGUUGUUGUCGAACAGCAGCAGCAACAACAGCAUUUCAGAUCCGCAAAUUUAGAAGCAAAGAAAGGUACGUAAUAACACGAUGCGGUACACUGUUACCAAAAUGAUAACCAUUUUGAAAACUUAUUUAAUCUAGUGUUGAAUCUUGAGAUUGUAUUUUUCUGAAACACCGGGGAGGGGCAAAUCUCUUCGUGGUAGAAGUAAAAUGAGUUCACUUGUUUCCAAUGCAAAUUAACUGGGUUUUCUUUCUUUCUUUCUUCUUCUUUUUUUUUGUGUGUGUCACUUUCAUAAGUCAUUGUCGUGGCACCAUGGGAUGACUGGGCUGUUUUUGCUUUGUCCCAAUAAAAUUGAGACUCUUUCAAGCAACCUUGCAUGAGAAACAAGUGGCAUUAUCUGACACUUUUUUUUUUUUUUUUUACUUGUUUUAAGAUAAAUACGAUUUUAGGACUGAAUAUGAGACUAAAUGAUUUAUUAAGAUGGACAUUUUUUGCAGCACAGUCUAAGCAGAUGAACGCGUAUUAUGGCCUAUAAUUCGUUUUCAGUGCAGUUAAUUUUCUGGAAUAAUCCAUUUACAAUUGUUCUCCGUUUUUUUAAACUAUAUGCAUAUUUCUUUUGGUCUUAUCAGAAUUUUAUAAAAUCAUUAAGCAUGAGGCCACGGGAUUUUCGUUUUGCAACAAGCUCGCAGUAGGAACCAGUAGGGAUAUAACAAGAAAAGCCUGUUGCAAACAAACGUGCAAGAGGACACCUACAGAUAUAGACAUUAAAAUAAGUCCAUGAAGGACAGGCCUCAAAUCAGCCUAACCACGCGCACGGGCAUGCGCGUGCGUGCACUCACUCAGUGGCAGCCUGUGAAUCCAGUAAGCAGAGAAAUGUUGCCAUAGCUUUGAGCAGGAAUCCUAUUUUUAAUGUUUCCUCUGAUGUGUGUGUGUGUGUGUGUCGGCCCCAAACCUUAUCUGUCAGCUUAGUAUAAUUAUAAAUGACUCUGGGUCAGCCAAAAGCAAACAAAUCAGUUAGUUUGCUGUGUGCAUUCAUCGAGCAACCUCACAUCUUCAAAUGUCACUUAGGUGAUUGUGGUGGUUACUUUUCCUUGCACACAUUCAAAGCGUUGCCUACAUGCCGCUGGAUCAGAGGGUGUACCGGCAAUUAGGCUGUGGGGAUUUUUAAUAAGCACUUGCAGUAUAUAGAGCUGUUUUUGGUGAGAGUGAGCCUGACAAACUUUGUGUUUGCAGAGGAACUGAUCGUUUGAUCGUGUUGGAUUUUUUUUUUUUUGUCUUUUUUAUUUCCAUGGUCUGCAGGUAGGUGUCACAAUUGCUUUGACUAUAAAACGAGAAAUGACACCACCUUUUAGCCUCAUGUUUUAACCCCCAUAACCUUUACUCCAAACCGGAUCUAGUGCCACCAUAUUAGUCGGAAUGAACGCUGCUACCGCUUCCUCAGCUCCACACACAGGCUGAGACACUCUACAGCACACACGUUUGUCAGAUUACCAUUGUAUUAUUUCACUUGUUUUGUUUUGAUGCAUUGCGGAUAAUAAUUUCAUAUGCUGGUUUGAAAAAGAAAAGAUCUCCCAUUAUAUGUGAUUUACAUGUUAUUUCUCAGGUUCCUAUAGUUUGCUUAUUUGCCACGGUAUAUUAUUUUAGUAUAUAUCUACGUGUGGAAAACAUAAUUUGGCCUUUCUGUGAAACCGUAUUCGUAAAAAAAGGAGGUGUCUUGGGACGCAAGGCAGACGGAACUGAAGUGAACUUGUGGACUUCAAAGUGGAAUAGCCUACAUUUGAUAUUUAUUUUUUUAAAUGAUGGCGAAAUGAUGCCUAUAAUUUAUGCAAGUUGUAUUGCAAAAAUGGGAAACUGACAUCGUCUGUUUGUUUUGUAAAUAUAUAUAUUAUGGACGGUUUUUAUUUGAGACGCAUUUGGGAAAAAAAGCUACACAAUCUUGUUAUCAGGAGUACUUUUACUAAUUUAUAUCUUUGAAUGUAAAUAAAAUAAAACGCGCCGGUAUAGAUGUACUGGCGGGGUAUGAUAUCCAUUAUUCAA